CGUAUAAGCUUUGCGGUGAUACAAAGUUCAGACAAUGGAGCAUUGAGGCACUUCMUUUUCGUGCUGCUUUAAAAUCGACGAAGAGGUGGUUGUCCGCCCACAACGAGUUCACAUUGCCUGCGCUGCAACAGCGAGGGUUGCAUUAAGUGCCCCGCCUAUCUGAUGACCGACACACGUCAGUGUGUGGAGCAAUGCCCUUCUGGUUACAUCGAUCAAUGGUCGGCGCAUACCGAAUUUAUGGGACGCGUCUGCGUCUCCACCGGUUACUCGGGUCCGCUCAUGGCCGCUAUUGCAGGACUAAUAGGCGGCUUUGUGGUUUGUCUCACGCUACUAGCUGUCGCCAUGAUGUUGGUGCGACGUCGACGUAGACGUAAAUCCAUCAAGCAAAAGCUGAUCAACGAGAAUACCAUGGAUCGUUCCGAUUUUCUGCGACAACUCAACGAAAUGCGUCCGAAUGCAGAAUAUUUCCUAGCGAUGCUCAACGAUACGCGACGCCAAAUACGCAAAUUGUAUUUGUCGGGUGAGGUGAGCGCAGCGAAUUCCUAUCGACCGAUAGUACGUGAUCUUGCCAAAAUACUGAUACUAUUGAAUCGACCAAUCGAAUUGAUACCCGCGGCACCGCACGACUGGAAUCGUUUGUACACGUGGUCCGAACAAGCAUUGGAGCGUUACAAGCCACAAGUGGGUCACUUAAUUGAUUUCUUUCAGCCCUCCGGUGGCGGACGCGGCAGCAGCAGCGUUGGCAUCACCGAUGACUUCGAUGCAACGUUCUUUCCACAGAAGAACAACGUCUACCGGCAGAGCAUGCUGGCGGGCUCCGGUCAGCAAAAGCUGCACAUGUUCGGCUCGCUCAUUAGCUUGCAUGAAUUUGARGAGCCGCGCCCUUCCGAUCCCUUCGGCAGCAGCUUCAACACGCUCAAAAGUGGGAAUCUGAUAUCGGAUCUCAAUGCGAGUUCGUUAUGGCUGGAAGACGAAUUCUACAAAUUGGGCUUUCGACCACAGGACGAAAUCACGACUGAGUUAUAAUGCCUGCUGUGUGUGUUUUUUUUUUUUUUUGUUUGGAUCGUUUCUCAUAUAGAAUUGUGUUAGUUUUGUUUUACUUAUUUGAUAUGGAUUAGCUUAGAUACUUUAUUUUAUAUUAUGUAAAAUAAUUUUAAUUAAAAAGUAUUAUUUUAUUUUGUUAAAACGAUUAGCUGCUUAAAAUCUGCAGAAUACGUUGUGUUUGCUUAAUAUAUGGUACAUUACUGUUUUUUAAUCACAAAUAUUUACAAACAAUUUUUACAAAUCACUAAAUGUACAGUCGACGUCACAAAUAUGUAUACCAACACGCAAUCAUGUAAGAACGCACAAAGUUAUUGCACAAGCAUGCAACUUGCUGUCUGUUUUAUAGAAUAAUUUGUUAUAAAAUAAUACAAAAUAAUAACGGUAAAGUUAUAAUUGAAAGAAAGCACCAACGAACAAAUAAUGUAAAAAAAAUGCCGCCCAGUUGCCGCUAAGSAGCGACUAGUGUACGCCUACACUUUGCUUCCAU